ACGCAUUCACCGCUGACGACCUAGCAGAUCCGGGUCGCGAGUUUCUUGUGAAAAACAGCGUAGGAAAGGCUCGUUCGCUCUAGUAGAAUUAGUGUGACAGGAUGCCCGGCACCGACAGAGAAACGGACCUCUCGGAACGAACGGAAGCCUUCUUAGCAGAGCUGAAGCGGAGCGGCGGCGGGGCCGGACCCCUCCGGGGGUCGGGGGAAACCGCCCGGGAGACGGUGGCUCUGCUGCGGAAGAUCACGGCGCAGGCGAGAUGGAGCAACGCCGGGGAGCUCAUGGAAAUCGUGCGCAAGGAGGGCCGGAGGAUGACGGCCGCGCAGCCGUCGGAGACCACGGUGGGCAACAUGGUGCGCAGAGUGCUCAAGAUCAUCAGAGAGGAGUACGCCAGGUCUCGAGGGAGCAGCGAGGAGGCGGAUCAACAGGAAUCCCUCCACAAGCUGCUGACUUCUGGCGGCCUGAGCGAGGACAACUUCCGGCAGCACUUCGCCCCCCUGAAGGGCAACGUGAUCGAGGCCGUCAACGAGCUGCUCACGGAACUCGAUGGAACCACGGAGAACAUCGCCAUGCAGGCCCUGGAGCACAUCCACUCCAACGAGGUGAUCAUGACCAUCGGCCGCUCGCGCACCGUGGAAGCCUUCCUGAAGGCAGCGUGCAAGCGCAAGUUCCACGUCAUUGUGGCUGAGUGCGCGCCCUUCUGCCAGGGCCACGAAAUGGCGACUAGUCUUUCGGAAGCCAACAUCGAGACCACGGUCAUUCCCGACGCUGCCAUAUUUGCUGUGAUGUCCAGGGUGAAUAAGGUCAUCAUUGGCACACAGACUGUGCUGGCAAACGGGGGGCUGCGAGCAGUGAACGGGACCCACACAUUGGCCCUGGCAGCCAAGCACCACUCUACCCCACUCAUCGUCUGCGCACCCAUGUUCAAGCUGUCGCCACAGUUUCCGAAUGAAGAAGACACGUUCCAUAAAUUUGUGUCGCCACAGGAAGUGCUACCGUUUACUGAAGGUGAGAUCUUGUCGGAGGUCAAUGUGCACUGCCCUGUAUUUGACUAUGUACCUCCAGAGCUUAUAACGCUCUUCAUCUCCAAUAUCGGUGGCAAUGCUCCCUCCUACAUCUAUCGCCUGAUGAGUGAGCUUUAUCACCCUGAGGACCAUGAGCUUUAAUUCUUAUUCUAAAUAAAUAUUUAAU